GGCGGGUCAAUUAGUUCCAACGCCAGUUUCCUCUCGGUCAGCACCCAAAAGCCGGAAGUGGCGGUGGAUGUGCGUCACAGCGGCUACUUGAUGAUCAAGCGCGGCCUGCUCAAGGUGGCGGACAAACGAUAUUAUUUCGUAGCGCGCCGUCAUCCGGAGCUGUAUUCUUGUAAAGACGAGACGUCGUUCAAUCUGUGGUUGGCGUCAGGACACCCGUUGGACCCCCACGGUGGAGAUGCCAUCGCCAAAGCGAGUGGACUGAGCCCCGUACUUGUUGGGACUGUGUUGCGUGCGGAUGGGUCGUCCGGAGAAGGAGGAAGCCAUCAGUCGGACAAAGUCUUCACAGUCAUGAUCGGGUCAACUGCCAAGUGCAUCACGGUUCGACUGGCGGCCGAGAACAGCGAGAAGGCGACGCAGUGGCUCGAAGCGUUGCAGGAAGUGCAGGUUACCCAGCGAGAGAGUAGUAGACCCACCAGCAAAUUGGGCUCUGCGAUGGACAAACAAGUGCUUCUGUCUCUGGACGAGCACAACGCGCUGCGUGGGGCGGACUCUAUCCCUAUGCCACGCGUUUAUACAGGUGGCAAACUCCAGAGCAAGCUGCGUACGGAAGACGACGAGGCCACAGCUGUAUCGACACCUUCUUCCCGAGCAGGCAGCUCGCCACCAUCGACGUCAGAGCAGAUGGAUUAUCCCUCUUCAGCCCAGACGCUUCCUCCGUCACGACUCCAUCGAAUGGAUUCGGUAACUUCGAGUUCGUCAACGACAUCGAUACAAUCGCAAAGCAGCAAUAGCAACGUGCUCCUCUUCGUGCCUGAAGCAGGCUCUUCACUUACAGUGUCGGCAUCCAGACUGGCAAAGGCUCAACAAGAACUGGAUGCUCUUGUUGCAAAAGGUGCCAAGUUGCCAUCGCGUGUGAUGCUAAGUCUUAGGAACGGUGAAGUCAUCGAAUGGCGUUAUGGUGCUCCAAAGUACGUGCUCACGGACUUGGCGUAUGUUCGCGGCCGUAUCCGCGAGCCAGACACGACACCUCUCGCUUCGUACGUGGAGGAAUGCUGCCACACGUUCAUUGUAGAGGCCACGCACAAAGCUCGCUAUGAUCAGUGGCGCAGUGUCGUCCAGGAAAGCUUUUAUUUGCAAGUGAACGACGGUAUUCAGGUUCUUGGCUCAUCAAUCCUCGAGAACGACAUGCUUGGACUGUUGUAUCUAGGUGAUGCUGAAGCGACUAUGGGUGCAGAUCGCGGAGGCAGCGACGAAAGUCACGAUCCACGGGUGGAACUUGCCGAAGCCUUCCCGGACGGCUUCCCUAUGGAGGUAUUAGAUGUCUUCACCCAGCCACCACAGUGCUACUUCUCGUGGCGUCAUUGGGGUCCUUUCACGGGCAAGUACAGAGGCAUAAAGGGCGAUGGCUCCAAGGUGGAGGUGCGCGGAUUCGGUGAAAUGGCGGUGGAUGCGAGCCGCAUGCGCAGUCUGCGUCUGUUCUUCAAGCAGAAAGAUCUCGUCUCUGGUCUUCGGCAGGUCACCGAUCGCGUGGCGCGAGCACGUCGAGAUACUGCUACCAUCUCGGCUCUGAACGCAGCACCUGGACGAAUGGUGCGUGCCGCAUCGGCUGCAGUGGCUCCUGUAUCACGCAAAGAAUCAACACCGACUCCGAAGACUAGAGAAAUUAUCGAGGGGCUGGCGAAUUUCACGAUCGAGGCGAAGGAGCAGCAACGGAAGCAGACACGAUAA